AAGUUCGAAAGCAUGUGAGAAUGACCGUGUGUCUCGGGCUGCGGCGUGCCAGGAACUUCGAAACUGCCCCGCAAGCCCAUCAGCAUCAUAACAAGGCGGCUCCAACCAUAACAACCCCCGAGCAGAAGAAGGAGCAAAAGAGCCUCUUGGCGUCUUGGGGGGGGGUCCCCUCCCCCCCUUUUUUUUUUGGUCUGAAACUAGUCCGUGGGGGUGGGGAGGAAGAGCGGGGCUUGUUCAGUGCUAUGCUAAUCUUUUAAGCGCUCUUUUCUUGCUCUACCCUGCUUUUCUUUCUUCUCCAUUCGCUUCACCCUAAGGAAUGGGUGGCUCAUCCGGCAGCAACAGGAGGAGGCUAAGUCAGGGGCAGCUGUCAAAAUCCUCCUCCCCCGCCCCCUUCCCAGUUUAAUGAUCAAACGCCUGGCUGGGAAGAAAGGCAGGAACCAGGAGGCGCAGAGGCUCUGCCCUGCACUGUCAUAUCACACGCUCCGUUGUGUGAGUGUGUGUGUGAGAGAGAGUAUCCCCUCUCUCCCUCCCCUCCUCUGACAACCGUCUCCGCAGCCAGGGAGGAGGAGGAGGCAAAGCGGCUAUUGCUCUGUUACUCUCUCACUUACUCAUUGCUGAAAGGUGGGCGGAGGGUACCUUUCCCCCUGGUGCCUUUUCUCACGUUGACAAGCUGGGGCCCAGCACCGGAGGGGGGGGGGGGGGGAAGAACAAAGACAGAAGAGGAGGGAAAGCACUAAAUCCGGACCAAACAUCCCAGGCAGAAGGAAGCUGUCAGCUGGCGGUGACACAACACACAGCCCAUUGAAGCGCCCUGGUUAGCAGCCACGGCUGGAAAGGGAGCCCUCUGCCCGCCUUCCAAGUUGCAAAGCGGGGAUUGCUCCGCACGCAAGAAAAGGCAACUUGAUUUGUGCGUGCGGUGCCCGUUGGGUAGCAAGCCUCGCCAGCUGGUGCGGUCCGCGGCUCGAGACCACGAUGAAAAGUAAAAAAGGUGUAGCUGCAAUAUCUGGCAGUGAGACGGAGGAUGAUGACACCAUGGAUGUCCCACUGGAUCUUUCCUCUUCCACUGCAUCAGGCAAACGGAGGAGACGUGGUAACCUGCCCAAGGAAUCAGUGCAGAUUCUUCGGGACUGGCUGUAUGAGCACCGAUACAAUGCCUAUCCGUCAGAACAAGAAAAAGCAGUAUUGUCCCGACAAACACACCUUUCUACACUACAGGUCUGCAACUGGUUUAUCAAUGCACGCCGCAGGCUUUUACCUGACAUGCUGAGGAAGGAUGGCAAGGAUCCAAAUCAAUUCACUAUCUCACGAAGAGGGACCAAGAUUUCUGAAGGCAACCCAGUGGAGUCUUCCACAGGCACAAAAAACUACAUUCCAUUGUUAGAAGAGAACUCAUUUCUUUCUGGUACCACAGGACUAAACAAGGCUGUCUCUUCUAAACCUUCUUCCCCAGGAUCUGUUUUGGCUCGACCUUCAGUGAUUUGCCAUACCACUGUAACUGCAUUGAAAGAUGCCCCUUUCCUUUUGUGCCAGUCAUCUGGUGUAGGCCCGACCACCGACCUGCAGCAGACAUCAGCUAGCAGAUUCACAGACAACUCUCUUGCAUACCAUGAGGAUGCUUCUAAACUGGGACCUAGUACAACUGCACAAAGUGGCCUUUUCAACACUCCUCCUCCUACCCCACCAGACCUCAACCAAGAUUUUAGUGGAUUUCAGCUUCUGGUGGAUGUUGCACUGAAAAGGGCAGCAGAGAUGGAGUUGCAGGCAAAACUUAUGGCUUAAUUCCCCCUUUUUUUUUCAGGCAGGAAUUUAACAAAUAUGUGAUUAUUGCUGCCCAUGUGAUAUCAAAAGACUAACUGCAUUUUUUAUUAUUAUUAUUAUUAAUCUUAUUUGCACAAGGGAUUGCUGAAAUGAAGCUUCCUGUCACUGAGGUGGUCUUCAGUGAAAUAUGGUCAUUCCAAGAAUUAUAAACUUAAAGCUACUGUAGAAACAAAGGGUGUUUUUGUUUGUUUGUUUGUUUUUAUGUUUCUUAGUAGGUUUUUCAUAAUGUGAGAUGGUUCCCAAGAUCAUGUGAUUUUUGUUUUCGUUUCUUUCAGACUGUGCAAUAUCUAGUAAUGAUGUAGACUUCUUAUCAUUCCUAUGUGGAACAGAAUAUACCGACAUGCUGUCUAAAACAAAUGUUCAAUUUUUUUAAACAAUAUGAAUCUGGAUGAUUAUGCUUUUUUUCCACGAUGUAAUAAAAUAUUUUCUU